UAAAACUUUAAAGAAGAAGAUUAUAUUUUUGUUUUUAGCAGGAUGGAUGAGAGCUAGCUAGCUAGACAGAACAAAUAUUUAGCUAUCUAAUUUAUUUGCAUCUCAGGUGUCGGGUAUCUAACUAGUAAUCUACACAAUAACUGAGGACAUAGUGGAUUAGCAAGCUAGUUAGAUAUAACGCAAUAAUAGCCAACUUAAUAAGUUAGUUAGUUACCAGUAUCUGUGAUAAGUUACCCUGUAUUAUACAUUUUAGAUCGCUAGCUAGCCUGUAAUUUAGUGUGUUAACAGACCAAGUUCUGAACAAUCAUGGCAUUAUCCAUAAACUAUUUAAAGGAGUGAAUCAGCAAAACAAAUCAAAUAUUAAAUACGGUAUUCAGGAUAACGUUACCGUUUCGGUGGUCCUCUAUCUAACCUUUUCCACUGCGCUCAGCACCACGCACACGCAUGGAUAAUAAUUAUGUUGAGUCGGCUGGUCGAGCUGUGCUCGAAAUGAUGCAGCGUGAAUGGGAGCCUCUUUCUCAAGACGAACUGGAGCAACGAUUGGACCGAGCAGUGGAAGAAAUUCUGGAAGCUGACCUCCUAGCAAAGGUUCAGGACCAGCCUGGACCAAUCUACCUACAACUGUCUCAGCUGGUGGAAGAACCUCAACAGCAAAACCAAAUUCGGUCAACAACAGAACUUACAACACUUUCUCAUGUAGAAGAGGAGUCUGAAUCUCAACAGUUAACUGAUGCUGAGGAAAACGCUGCAGUUCAGUACAUUACAGAUCUCCUCCAGAAUUCAAACUCAAGAUACAAUCAGAGCCGUAUGGCAGGACGUGCCCGCUUAUCCCUGUCUCACACUGUUCUCCUGUCCCUUACUCUCCUGUCCAAGCGCCUCAGCUAUCGCUCUGUGUCUACCAGUUUCCGCCUGGAAAAAGGAAACAUUCAUAGGAUCUUCUUUUCCUUUUGUGAGCGUGUGAACACACUUGAGGACCAACAAAUUAGAUGGCCAACUGGCAUUGAGGCUGUUGAAAACCUCCCCCCCCUCUCCAGCCUGCUGGGGAAAGCCAAGGGCUUGGAAGAGAAGGGCGUCCCCAGGGUCCUGGGAGUCUUGGGGCACACCCGCAUCCCCAUCCGCCUGCCCAUUGGCAAACAGGAUGUGGAGAGCAUGGUGCCAGAGGUAAAGAGGAUGAAGAAGGAGGCCCAUCCCGACUCCUGGCUGAACCUGGAGCUGGUGUGUAACCAUACAGGCAGGUUGAUACACUGCAGAAUCAGCAAGGGAUCAGACCUGGAUAGAGCCAGUGCUCUGAGGGACAAACUCAAACAGGUCCCUGAGAUGAUGCCCCCAGGGACCUGCCUAGUGGCUCGAGUUGGAUAUCCAGCCUCUGCCCAGAUAUUGACCCCAUACGUAGUGGGUCGUGGCCCCAGGGGAAAUCUUUACAACAGGUCCCUGGAAGCCCAUUUUUACCUCCUGGACCAAGCUGUGGCUGACCUGAAAGCCAGAUUUGAAAGGCUCAGGUAUUUGGACAUGGGGAACUAUGAAAGAGCCAAAGCAGUUGUCCUUACUGCUUGCAUACUCCACAAUGUAUUUCUGGACAUGGGGGAAGUGGUCAACGGACAGGUUGAGAGGGAGGCAGGGACACAGGAGGGAGAGGGGGAGUGUGAUGAGGAGGGUGUGAGGAGAAGGGAAGCCAUCGCAGAUUUGCUGUACAAAGAGUUGGAUUCUGGAAGUACAUAAAGUGAUUUAGAAUUUUUGUGUUUGUAUUGAGAUAAACAGCAUUUAUAUUGAAUGUUUUAUUAUAAGGAAGAGUAUCACAGCAAUAUCUUGUAUUUUAUACAUAUGUAGGAUUAUUUGUAUCCUAUGGCAGAUCUAUGUACAAAUGCCCUGUGUAGCCUUCUUCUCAUUCACAGGUAUUACAGGGAAUUCCUGCAGUCAACUCCUUUGUCAAAUGGUGUUAUUACAGCAUAAUAAAAACGUAUACAAUGACAAAUCAUGACAACACAAAGUAGCUGAAUGGUUGAACGCUUAAGAAACAUUUGCAUGAUGCAGUCUUUCAUUCUAUGCACAAGUUCAGUGAGAACUCCUUUGCUCUGGUGUGCUGUACUGCUACUCUGGCAGCUGGAAACUGUUGUUUUGACUGUGAGACAAACUGGAGAUUGCACGGGCUAGAUUAUUGAUGGCCUCUAUCUUCCUCUCCUCCAGGGCCUUCUGCUGGGCCCACAUGUUCAUCUUCCUCUCCUGCAGCUCCAUGUACAGCUGCAGGACAUCCUGGGGGGGCCUGGAAGCAAAGGGGGCAGCUGUCAGGGAGGGUGUAGGGAGGAUGGGGGUAAACCGCUUGCUGGCAAUAGCCUUGCCCAGCUUGGUCCCGUUGAGUUUGGACCUGCGCUGUGCCUCGAUCUCCUCCCGACUCUUCCCCAGGACCUCAUGCAUGGCCUUGAAGAACUCCCAGUGGACACUGUGGGCCCCCAGUCUCUUGGACCUCUCAGCGUUUUUCCUGUAUGUGGCCAACAUGUUACGCCACUUCAGAUCACACUCAUAGGCCUUGACUGUGACAUCUGUGCUCCCAGCUGCCCUUAGCUUGGCAGUCACUCUCUCAGCCACUGUCUCCCACAGUUUCUUUUUCUUGCACACUGGCUGGUCAAAAUCCUGGUCCAUUUCGAGGCGGGUUUGGACAAGUUGCCAUGUGGCUUGUAAAGUCCAUACAAACUCUGGAGAAGGGAAGUUGAUAAAUGUGUGUAUAUAAAAACAAUAUGAUACAAAUAAAUGACAUGUUUUGUUAAAUGUUGUUUA